AUGACGCCAGGAGUCAAAUAUGCAAGGGAAAUAUCGAUUAACUGCCAGUUGCAGCUUGGCUAUAAGCGCUCAGAAAUUGUUUAUAUUCUUGGCACAUCUACACAAAAGUCCACCAACAAAACCAGGCGUAAGGAGAAAGCUCGGGGUUUGGAGGUAGGCACUUGGUACUUUUCCCUUGAUUUCUUUUACCUAGACAAGAAAUGUAUCAGCAACGUUGCCGCGUUCGGGGCCAUGCUUUCGACCAUAAGCAGCCACAUCUACUUCCCCGCGCUGGUCCCGAUGGUGCGAGAUCUCGACGUGUCCGUCUCGCUGAUCAACCUGACUGUCACUUCGUAUCUGGUAGUCGCCGGCAUUGUCCCCGCUUUUAUGGGCGACUUUGCCGAUCAGAGUGACAGGAGGCCUGCAUACAUGCUCAUGGUCACUCUGGUGUUCUGUGCCAACAUCGGCCUCGCACUGCAAAAGUCGUACCCGGCGCUGCUUGUGCUUCGUAUGCUGCAGAGCGCUGGGGCGUCUGGCUCGUACGGCAUCAUUGCUGAUAUAACUACUACGGCUGAGCGUAGGUCCAUCUUCUGGUUCCUUGUCAUUUUGAUGGGAGUUUACCUCGUCUUUGUCCUGCUGUUCCUGCCGGAGACCCAGCGAAAGAUUGUCGGGAACGCUAGCAUCCCGACACGUGGCUUGCAUAGGAGUGUGUUUGAUGUCUUUACUGGAGGCAGCAGACAGGUGGAGAUGACAGGCAUAGAGCGUGGGCCGGUUCCCAGUGCCAAGGAGAAACUUCAGUUCUCCAACCCCUUCAAGCCACUGCCAUGCUAAUCUCCAAGGGUAACUGUAGCGUCAUAUUGGCUGGGUCUAUCACGUACACGGUCAAGACGACGCUACAAUCAUCCCUUGCGGUCCAAUGCAUCGAUAUCUACGAUUUGGACUACCUGCAGGCAGGUCUGGUGUAUUUUCCACCCGGAAUCGGAGGUGCAGUUGCAUCUUUUAUAACCGGUAAGUGUUGCUCUGCAUCACAGUAGCAAAAGUUCCGGUGGAACGAAAAUGAACCAUAUCAUGAUACAAAUUAGGCAAGCUGCUGGACUGGAACAUUACACGAGCAUUUACCCAGUAUGGCCGUGGAGGCAGGUAUCGAAAGGGGGACGACAUAUCGAACUUCUCCAUCGAAAAAAAUACGGCUUCAGGGCAUAUACACGCUGGUAGGUCUCAGUGCAGCAAGCACAGCGGCCUAUGGGUUGCAUUGAUGCAGGCGGACGCACAUCGCCGUCCCGAUGGUGAUGCAGUCUAUCAGUGGCGCCACAACAUCCAGUAUAUUCACGGCGAGAACAGUCCAAGUUCAACUCCCUUUCCAGGGGCAGACCAAGUACAGUAACAUGGACAAAACAUGGCUAUAUCUUUUUGGGUUUUCACGGCCGUUUGUGAUGAUUAUUGAUGAUGACAUGGGCUUAUACAAAACAGCUGUGCGGCAAACUCUUGACAGACUUGAAUCUUCAUGCGUCGGCGACGGU